CAAGCUCAACAAAAAUGCCACCCAUCCAAGACAAGCAUAGCUCUCAGGAGCUGCUCCAGGCUCAAGUUAGCCUUUGGCACCAUGCACUGGGAUUCGUCAAGUCCAUGGCACUCAAAUGUGCAAUGGAACUGCAAAUCCCUAACACCAUCCAACACCAUGGUGGGCUUAUGAGCCCAUAAGAGUUGGCCACAAAGAUCGGCCUCCAUCCGUCUAAGCUUCCCCGCUUACGGCGACUCAUGCGUGUGCUCACCAUAUCAGGCAUGUUUGCUGUUGAUGAGGCAGCCUCGCCAGGCAAGGAGAUUGUUUACGGGCUUACCUCAACCACACGCCUACUCGUCGGUGAUGCACUCAUGGUUCCUAGAUGAGCAUUCCACGUCCCUGUUCUGUCUUUGAUUAAAUCAAACUUAUUUCCUAUUCUGUCUUUGAUGCUUGAUUCAACUGUCAUUGCCCCCUUUUUGGGCAUGCACUCAUGGUUCCUAGAUGAGCAUUCCAGGUCCCUGUUCAAAAAGGCUCACAGCCUUAACUUUUGGGAGAUGGCUGAGCAGGAUGAUGCUUACAACCAGAUACUCAAUAAUGCAAUGGUUUCGGAUAGUAACUUUCUCACGGACAUCAUCUUAAGGGAGUGUGGUGAUGUAUUUCUUGGCAUAAACUCUCUUAUUGAUGUUGGUGGAGGCCAAGGUGGAGCUGCCAGGGCAAUUGCGAUUGCGUUCCCGCAAAUGAAAUGCACCGUGUUGGAUCUCCCUCAUGUGAUUGCAGAAGCUCCUAGUGAUGUCCAUGUGUCGUUUAUUUCUGGCGAUAUGUUUAAGUACAUUCCGCCAGCAAAUGCUCUUUUCCUAAAGUGGGUUUUUCAUGAUUGGGGUGAUGAAGACUGUGUCAAAUUAUUGAAAAAUUGCAAGGAAGCAAUCCCUCCCAGAGAUGCUGGUGGAAAGGUGAUAAUUGUAGAUAUGGUGGUUGGAUCUGGGCUAAAUGAGAUUGUAACAAGAGAGACACAUGUUUUGUAUGACCUAUUUAUCAUGUGCGUUGAGGGGAUUGAGCGAGAGGAAUUUGAAUGGAAAAGGAUAUUCAUGGAAGCUGGGUUCGGUGACUACAAGAUUAUAUCAGUGCUGGGAGUUAGAUCUGUUAUUGAGCUCUACCCUUGAACACUCCAUUAAAAAUUACAUGGUAAUCGGUUUUGUAUGUUCAUAAACGGGCAUGAACAGCAUGUGUGCUCUCUUGUUGCCUGCAUUGGCCUAUUAUGGCGAAAAGUCUACUACCUUAUUAUAUUUUUGUGAUAUGUAACCGCUGUGAUCAAUGAAUUUGUUCAAGUAGUGUUUA